AUGAAUUUGGGUGAUCAGCUCGAAAAUCAAAAUCCCACUCUUUACGUGAAAACUGCAGAACGAUCUGCCACCGCUCAAGAAUACGAUGAUUCCGUUGUAGACGAAUUCGACCAAAGAGAAAUAUUCGAUUUGAUUCGUAACAUAAACGAUCCAGAACAUCCUCUGACCCUAGAAGAACUCCACGUAGUGCAACUGGAUUUGAUUACCAUUGAAAAUGAUAGAAACAGCGUUCAUGUCAGUUUUACUCCGACGAUUCCUCAUUGUAGUAUGGCUACACUGAUUGGAUUGUCGAUUCGAGUUAAACUGUUGAGGUGUUUGCCUUCUAGAUUCAAAGUCAAGGUCGAAGUCACUCCAGGCACCCACAACGCCGAAACCCAAGUCAACAAACAGUUGGCGGACAAAGAACGCGUAGCGGCCGCUCUGGAAAACUCGCACCUAAUCAAAGUAAUCAACCAGUGCAUCGAUUCGAGAAGAAGAGGAUAA